UGUUGUGGAACGUCCGUUGGGAGGCGGGCGCGGAGGGAUGGUUCGGAGUUACCCGCACCUGACCUUCCCGAGUGUCGCCUUCACCCGGCGUCCCAGACACUGCGCGCUAGAUGCGCACUCGGGUGUUUCCGGCAGGUGACGCUACCGCGUCCUCGGAGCGGGACUUUAAGGAGGCCGUGAAACAUUCUUGGCUGAAGCAACGCGCGAGGCUGGCGGGCGGAGCCUUUAAGGAGGCCCCGAGUGGAAUAGUGGCAGUGCGGAGUUGCUCCGGGUGGGAGUACGCCCCUGGAGAGUGGUUGGAGUUCUCAGAACAAGAAACUGGUGGAGAAUUAGAGUGUGUGUGUGAUUAUGAUGGUCUGUGGCGUUUCGAUGCUGUGUGUGUGUGUGUGAGAGAGAUUGUGAUGUGAGGAUGAUGAGGGGUGUGGUUAUGUGGGUGUGAUGGAAUGCUUGUGAUGGGAUGUGUGUGUCAUGUGAUGUUUGUGAUUGUGAUUUAUGAUAACAUGCGGUGUUGUCUGUGUGAUUAUCAGAUAGAUGUACAGUGUAUGUGAAUGUGAUGAAAUGUUUGUGAUUGUGAUGUGUAGUGGUUCUUGUCUUACCUCAGUUGACUUCUGUUGUCGCCUUUUGGCAUAAUUGGCAACCGCUUGAAAGAAAUUUCUGUAUCUGGUUUCACGUAGUGUUUCCUCCCCGUUGGUCAUUCUUUCUUAGUCUGCUUCCCAGCGCUCUUUGCACCCCGCCCCUAGCCAUACUUAGCCCUGUUCUGUUACUUUCCAGUUUCCCUUGGUGAUCUUUUUCAGAUGUAUUAUUUCAUCUUCCUAUGGCUUCUUUUAUUAUUUGUAUUAGUUAUUGUGAUCAUAGUAAUGCUGCCUAACAAACCACUUUUAAACUCAGUGGCAUGCAACAGUAAGCAUUUAUUCUCUUAUUCACAGGUUUGCAGAAUCUCUGUGUUCAGGUUAUGUAGGCUGGGCUUGCCUGCGGGGCUGGGCUGCAGAAUCCAUUCAGACCUGCUCCAUAUGUGUUCUUUAUGCAACUCAGGAAAAAAGGACAGUGGUUAUCAGGACAUGUUCUUCUCUUGGUGAAUCACCAGAGUACAAGAUAAUCAUAAAAACCUCUGCUCCCAAGAAUACUAAUGUUACAGAUGCCUGAGCUUAACAUUAAUUACACCCACAGUCAGAGGGCAAGGCAAAAUUAGAUGGCAAAAAGUGUGAAUGUCUAAUCCUGUUAGAGGUGGGUGAAGAAUUGGGACUAAGAUUUCAAUCUGCAUCAUUAGGAAACAUGCCUCUUUAUCCUGGUAAAUGUCUUUUAGUCCACGGUUCUCUUUUGUCUGUUAAUAUUGUUUUUCGGGUUUUGUUACUAUAUUUUCCAGGCAUUUCAUUUUACAACCCCUUCCUUUUAUGUCUUUAUACUUCAGGUCUGUUUCUUACAAAGAGCAUUUUGCUGGGCUUUCCCCCCUUUUAUCCUGUUUGACUUAUUUUAAUAGACUCUUGGUGUUUCUAUUGGUUCAACCUGAGUUGCUGAGUCUGAGUUGUCUUCCAAACUCCUGCUAUCUCAGUAUCUCUGGUCACUGACUCCAGGAACUGUGAAUUAGAAGCAAGGAAGUCAGUUGUUUGGGAUUAUAUUAAUUAUCUAUUACUGUGUAAUAAGGUCCUGGCUCCACAAAGAUAAGACAGAUCUGUGAUGUAAGGAGAAAGAAGCAUGAAGAGCAGGUAUCUGUUAUGGAGGAGACUUCCUGAUCUGAGACCUUCCCCACCAGCUGGGGAGUCCUGAGAUACAGUGGACCCUGGAAUUUCUAGACCUGCACCCUAUCUUAACCCCUCUGUAUGGACUGUGGAAGGACUGAAGUACAUCUUAACCUUCAGAGAUCAACAGUAGCAGUGUGACAAUGAAGCGUUUGACUCGGAUGAUGGAAAGGACAGCUUGGCAUUCUCCAGACUCUGCCCUUUUCCAGGAAGAAGAGGAUAUGGCCAAUUCUCUUGAAACAGUGACAUUUAAGGAUGUGGCUGUGGACCUCACCCAGGAAGAAUGGCAGCAAAUGAAACCUGCUCAGAGGAACUUGUACCGUGAUGUGAUGCUGGAGAACUACAGCAACCUAGUCACAGUGGGUUGUCAAGUCACCAAACCAGAUGUGAUCUUCAAGUUGGAGCAGGAAGAGGAGCCAUGGGUGGUAGAAGAAGAAAUGCUUGGGAGGCACUGUCCAGAAGUUUGGAAAGUUGAUGAACAGAUCAAGAAGCAACAGGAAACCCUUGUGAGGAAUGUCACAUCCAUCUCCAAGAAAACUCUGAUUAAGGAAAAUGCCCUUGAAUAUAAAAAUGUUGCAAAAGUAUUUCCUCUGGACUCAGACAUUGUUACUUCAAGACAAAAGUUCUUCGAAUGUGACUCACUUGAUAAGGAUUUUGAACAUAGUUUAGACUUAUUUAGUUAUGAGAAAGGCUUUAUAAAAAAGAAAAGUUAUGAAUGUAAUAAGUAUGGGAAACCAUUUUACCAUUGCUCAUCCCAUGUCAUAACCCCCUUUAAGUGUAAUCAGUGUGGACAGGAUUUUAAUCAUAGAUUUGACCUCAUCAGACAUGAGAGAAGUCAUGCUGGAGAGAAACCCUAUGAAUGUAAGGAAUGUGGAAAAGCUUUCAGUAGGAAAGAAAAUCUUAUUACACAUCAAAAAAUUCAUACUGGGGAAAAACCAUAUAAGUGUAAUGAAUGUGGAAAAGCUUUCAUUCAGAUGUCAAACCUUAUUAGACACCAGAGAAUUCAUACUGGAGAGAAACCUUAUGCAUGUAAGGAUUGUUGGAAGGCCUUCAGCCAGAAAUCAAAUCUCAUUGAACAUGAGAGAAUUCAUACUGGAGAAAAACCCUAUGAAUGUAAGGAAUGUGGAAAAGCCUUCAGCCAGAAGCAAAAUCUUAUCGAACACGAGAAAAUUCAUACUGGUGAGAAACCUUAUGCAUGUAAUGAAUGUGGUAGAGCUUUUUCUCGGAUGUCAUCUGUUAAUCUACAUAUGAGAAGUCACACAGGGGAGAAACCCUAUAAAUGUAAUAAAUGUGGAAAAGCCUUCUCUCAAUGCUCAGUAUUUAUUAUACAUAUGAGAAGUCAUACAGGUGAGAAACCCUAUGUAUGUAGUGAAUGUGGAAAAGCAUUCUCUCAAAGUUCAUCCCUUACUGUACACAUGAGAAAUCAUACAGCUGAGAAACCCUAUGAAUGUAAUGAAUGUGGAAAAGCCUUCAGCCGGAAAGAAAAUCUCAUUACACAUCAGAAAAUUCAUACUGGAGAAAAACCUUAUGAAUGUAAUGAAUGUGGGAAAGCUUUUAUUCAGAUGUCAAACCUCAUCCGACACCAGAGAAUUCAUACCGGUGAAAAACCGUAUGCGUGUACAGUAUGUGGAAAAGCCUUUAGUCAGAAAUCAAAUCUCACAGAACAUGAAAAAAUUCAUACUGGAGAGAAACCCUAUCGUUGUAAUCAAUGUGGAAAAGCUUUCAGUCAGAGACAAAACCUCCUUGAACAUGAAAAGAUUCAUACUGGAGAGAAACCAUUUAAAUGUAAUGAGUGCGGUAAAGCUUUUUCUCGAAUCUCAUCCCUUACUCUUCAUGUUAGAAGUCAUACAGGGGAGAAACCGUAUGAAUGUAAUAAAUGUGGAAAAGCCUUCUCUCAAUGCUCAUUACUUAUUAUACAUAUGAGAAUUCACACUGGUGAGAAACCCUAUGAAUGUAAUGAAUGUGGAAAAGCAUUCUCUCAAAGAGCAUCCCUUUCUAUACAUAAGAGAGGUCAUACAGGUGAGAAACGCCGAGUUAUUGGUAGUCCAUCCCGGGACUCAGGGUUGUCCUUCUUGAACCUCCCCGGGCCCUUCUCGGACUUCCCCAACAAGAACUCAUUUGCUCCCCUUCAGUCUCUCCCCAACCCGACCUCCAACCCGUUAGCCUGGGACUACAUUUCCCAGAAGCCUCCAGGGUGGGUCCAACCCCUACAGGGCGUCUCUGGGGCCCCGCCCAAGUCGUUUGGAAAAGCUUUGACUUCCGGCUGCAGGGUUCGACGUUCCAGACCGAGAGAAUCCAGAAGAGGAGAAGAAAAGAGUUGCUGUGCAUCAAAAGUCAUGGUGGAGGAGGAUUUCAGAUUCAAAGAUGUGGUCAUUUACUUCUUUCAGAAAGAGUGGGAAUGCUUGCACUCUGCUCAGAAGGAUUUGUACCAAGAUGUGAUGCUGGAGAAUUAUAACAACCUGAUCUCACUGGGAUUCACCAAUUUUAAGCCAGAUGUGAUCUCUUUAUUGGAGCAGAGGAAGGAGCCCUGGAUAGUUAAGGGCAAGGAGACAGAAGAAUGGUGCCCAGACUGGAAAUCUAGAAGAGAAGCCAAGACUUUAUCUUUAAAGGAGGACAGUUAUGAAAUUAAGUCAUUGCAACAGGAGAUAACAAAGAGACUUAUAAGCUCUAAUCUUGAGUGUCCUAGAGUCAGAUAUACCAGAGAAGUCAGAUGCCACUUGGAGAGGCUACCAGAAGAACAUUUCAGACAAGCCUUAAUAACUUUUGAAGAAAGAUCCACUUCCAUUCAGCACACAGAUCCUAGAGCACCUCAGACAGCUCCUACUGGAGCAAAAUCCUGUGAAUCCAAGGAAUGUAAGACUUCCAGGUCCCAACCACACCAGAGUCAACAUGAAAGAAGUCAUAAUAAGGAGAAAGACUCUAAAUGUGGAGAAUGUGAGAAAGCCUUUAAUAGUAGGUCAGACUUGAUGAAGCAUCAGAGAAUUCAUGAAAGCCAAAAAAGUAAUGAAAAUAAGGAAGGUGACUUUAUUCAUGACUCUCAGAUGAUGAGAUCUCAGAGCAUUAAUACUGCUGAGAAACCUCAUAAAUGUAAGGAAUGUGGGAAAGCCUUUCAUUCUACCUCACAACUUAGUAAACACCAAAAGAUUCACAUAGGUGAGAAACCCUUUAAGUGUACAGAAUGUGGAAAGGCCUUUCCAUCUACCUUACAGCUGAAUUUACAUCAGAGGAUUCAUACCAAUGAGAAAUACAACGAAUGAGAGUGUGGGAAAGCCUUUACCCAUCCCUCACACCUUCUUCGACAUCAGAGAAUCCAUACUGGUGAGAAACCCCAUAAGUGUAAGGACUGUGGGAAAGCUUUUCGCUAUGACACACAACUUAGUCUUCAUCAGAUAAUUCAUACUGGUGAAAGACGCUAUGAAUGUAAGGAAUGUGGGAAGGUGUACAGUUGUGCCUCACAACUGAACCUACAUCAAAGAAUUCAUACUGGCGAGAAACCUCAUAAAUGUAGGGAAUGUGGGAAAGGUUUUAUCUCCGAUUCACAUCUUGUCCGACAUCAGAGUGUUCAUACAGGGGAGAAACCAUACAAGUGUAAGCAAUGUGGGAAAGCCUUUCGCUGUGGCUCAGAACUUACCAGACAUCAGAGAGCUCACACGGGUGAGAAACCUUAUAAAUGCAAGGAAUGUGAAAUGGCCUUUACUUGUAGCACAGAACUUAUCCGGCAUCAAAAAAUUCACACUGGUGAGAGACCUCAUAAAUGUAAGGAAUGUGGGAAGGCUUUUAUUCGACAAUCAGAACUUACUCAUUAUGAGAGAAAUCAUAGUGGUGAAAAACCCUAUGAAUGUAAGGAAUGUGGGAAGGCCUUUGGCCGUGGCUCAGAGCUUAGUCGACACCAGAAAAUUCAUACUGGUGAGAAACCCUAUGAAUGUGAGCAAUGUGGGAAGGCCUUUAUUCGUGGCUCACACCUUAGUCAACAUCAAAGAAUUCAUGCAGGACAGAGGAGUGAGUGAAAGACAUGGGAAACCUCAAAAUUUGACAUCUGGGAGAAGGAAAUGGCAACCCACUCCAGUAUUCUUUCUUGGAAAAUUUUAUGGACAGAAGAGCCUAGUGGGCUGCAGUCCAUGGUGUCACAUGACCAGAGCACACACGCAUGAGGGGUUGGAGGGAGAUGGCUGGUAGCAAUAAACAGGUAGAAUUAAAAAAAAAAUAAAAAUUGACAUCUGGAAAUUUGUGUGCUAGUAAAA